AUGCCAACUUCUCCUUUUGACCCCACUUCCCAAGUUUACAAAUGUGCUAAUAAUCGAUAUCGUUGUAAAAAUACUGGAAAAUACUUCAAUAAAGGCAUUUCUUCUCACCAAUUAGCCAAAGAUGUUGGCAUUACUCAAAAAAGUGCUUGGUUCGUAUUACAAAGAUUACGAUAUACUUUUCAAAGUCCUAUCUUUAAGACUAUGCUGGAUGGAGUUGUAGAAAUUGAUGAAACCUUUAUCGGAGGCAAAAAUAAGAAUAGGCACUGA